CUCUGCUUUUCAUUCGCAUCUGAGUCGCGCUGCCGUCCACAUCGUCCGAUCUGCCACUCCCGCUUCACAGGUGGCACGCGUGUGUGAACUGUGAUAUAUACAGAGAAUAAUAAUAAUAAAUUAGAAAAGAAGCCUACAGAAAUAUAUUUUCAAAAGAAAUUCGCAGUGUGGUGUUGCUAUAAAUAGAGCAAAUCAAAUAAAAAUCCAAACAGAAAAUUGAACGGUGUCCUAUAUACAUAUACUGAAAAGUUGCCCCUAAAUUGACGAACCGCACAAUGCCAAUCAAAGAUAUAUUGCAGCGAUGCAGGCCCAUACCCCUUUAUGUGGUGCUGGUGCUAUCGAUCUGCUACUUUGUGCUCCAGCUGGCUCUGAGCCACAUAACGCACGCUCUGACACUGCUCAUGGCAUCGUACCACAUGUUGUGCAACAUAUUCGCACUGGGCGGCUGCAUCAUAACAAUUAAGCACAGCAAAAAGAACCAGGAGGAGCCAGCGACCCCGAACAAGGUCAAUGACGCCAACGGUGGUGUGGUUGUCCAACUCGGCGAGACGGAGGAUCAGAAGGAGGCCAGACGUGAGUGCCGGGAGCAAAAGCUACGCAAUACCUUCGGCUGGGCGCGCAUCGAUAUACUCACCAUGCUGAUAGUGUUCAUCAUCUUGGCCUCGCUCUCCUUCUCGCUGGUGGUGGAGGCUCUGCAGACGCUGGUGCACAUCGACCACCAGGACACGAUGCACCUGCCCAUACCCGUAAUGAUGCUGGGCUUUGUGGGUCUCAUAUUGAACGGGCUGACAUAUCUGCUUAUUGGUGGCUACACUCUGCAUCAGGGCAGCUUCCUCCACUUGACGCCCGGCGGCAAUGUCGUCCUCGAGCGCUCCAUGUCCAGCAACAUGGAUCUGUCGCUAAAGCCGAUGCAGCGGCAGUUGAGCAAGUCGCGUAACGAUCGCCAGCUACGCGAGGAACUGGAGACGGAGGUGGGCAGUGUCUACUUUGCCACCAGGCGGCAGGGAGCCGUCGAGAUGUUGCGGGAUGUGUCCAGCACCAUUUUUGUGAUUGUCUGUGCGGCCAUUGUCUAUGUGGCGGAGGAUGAGCAGCAUACGGCUAAAUUUAUUGAUCCGGUGCUGUCCAUUUUCUCGUGCAUCCUUCUGAUUUCGCUCAGCUAUCCCUACAUGAAAGAAUCGUGCCUCAUUUUGCUGCAGACAAUUCCCGGCUCCAUCGAUCUGGAGAUUUUUGAGCGCACGCUGGUCACUAAAUUUCCGGAGAUUGUCAGCUAUCAUGAUCUGCACAUUUGGCAGCUGGCGGCCCACCGCUACGUGGCCACCAUACACAUCCAGUUCCAGAAUCCCAAGCUCUACCUGAAGAUCAUCGAACAGGUGCGCACGUACUUCCAUGAUCAGGGAAUCGGAGCUGUCACCAUCCAGCCAGAGUUCUAUCCGUCCACCAAUAAGAAUGCCUCCGCCUCGCUGGAAUGCCUGAUGCAGUGCCAGGCGGCCGAGUGCAUUGAAAAGGUGUGCUGUCGGGAUUCACGCACGGAUCUGCGUGAGAUUAGCGACAGUCCUGAUGGCGGCAAGUCCAAGUCCUCGCACUGCCAUGGUCAUGGGCAUGGGCAUGGCAAAAGCAAGUCCGAUUUGAGUGCGGUCGUUGUGGAGAAGCCCAAAGAACUGAAUGCAGCCAAACUGAUGAAGGGACACGCGACAGACGAAGCCAAGGCAAAGUCUCACAUGGAACCGGCAACCACAGAUCCAAAUGCAUCUCAGCCAGAAGUUGUCUCGGAUGCCACAUGUGCCACAAAAGACAGUCCGCCUCCGCCUGCCCCCACAGCGGCGAGUAGCGACGCAAAGUGCCAAGAGCCUCCCUCCCAAUAGGACUAAUAUUAAAACAAGAUUUUUGACGAUUUUAGCUAGUUCUUAAGUUAGUUUACGACUUUGCCAUAUAAUUUGUUGGAGCUAAUGUUUCUACGCGCGACGCUUAACUAGUUAGGACACGUGCUUGUAAAGUUAGUUUAGAUCCGCUAAAUUGUUUUUAAGGUACAUUUACUGUAUUGUGUAUUUGCGUUUGUUAAGCAUAAUUCUAGCAGUUAUACAAACGAAAAAUAAAUAGAUAUACCUAUGGUACAUACAUCUAUUUAACAUGCCAUUA